UUAUUCAGAAUCACUUGGACGAUAUGGACAUUAAACGUGGAGUGAACUGGAGCUGUGUUUGCUAUAUGCUUGGAGAAGUGCAGUAUGGUGGCCGUGUAACUGAUGACCUUGACAAAGCACUGCUGAAUACAUAUGCAAGAGUGUGGUUUGGAGAGCAUAUGUUUAGUGAAAAAUUUUGUUUCUACAAAGAUUAUGUUAUUCCAAAAGGGAAAACAGUUGAAGACUAUCUCCAGUACAUAGAGCAAUUGCCAGUGACUGAUACACCUGAGGUAUUUGGACUUCACCCUAAUGCAGAUAUAACUUAUCAGACUAACCUGGCUAAUGAGACAUUAAGUACAAUAGCGAGCAUCCAGCCCAAAGACAGUAGCACUGGAGAAGGAGAAACCCGAGAAGCAGUGGUGUGGCGUCUUGCUGAUGAGAUGCUAGAGAAGUUACCUCCAGAUUAUAAACCUCAUGAGGUGAAAGCCCAGCUUCAAAAGAUGGGAGCUAUUCAACCCAUGAACAUAUUUCUCCGUCAAGAAAUUGACCGCAUGCAACAUGUUGUAUCAAGAGUUCGAACUACGCUGACUGAUCUCAAAUUGGCUAUCGAUGGAACCAUAAUUAUGUCAGAAGAAUUGCAAGAUGCUUUAGAUAGUAUGUAUGAUGCUAGAAUUCCAAAACUAUGGUUUAGGAUUUCCUGGGAGUCAGCUACUUUAGGAUUUUGGUUUACUGAGCUUCUUGAAAGAAACCAGCAAUUCAGCAGUUGGCUGCAGGAUGGCCGACCAAAUCAGUUCUGGAUGACAGGAUUCUUUAAUCCACAGGGAUUCCUAACUGCUAUGAGGCAAGAGACAACUCGCAUGAAUUUAGCAAAAGGGUGGGAACUCGACAGUGUUGUUUUACACAAUGAAGUGACCAAGAUGAUGAAAGAAGAUGUUGCUGGCCCUCCUCCUGCUGACAUUGGUGGGGUUUACAUACACGGCCUUUUCCUCGAAGGUGCAGGUUGGGACCGCAGGAACAGUAAACUGGUCGAGUCAGCACCAAAGGUGCUGUUCACAAGUCUUCCUGUAGUCCAUGUGUAUGCUGUUAGCACAACAGCACUACAUGACCCAAAGAAGCAACAAGGAAGUGUGUACUCCUGCCCUGUCUACAAAAAGCCCCGGAGAACAGAUCUGACGUACAUUUUCUCUUUGUAUCUGAAAACAGUGCAGAAUCCCGAUCAUUGGACUUUACGGGGGGUUGCACUGCUCUGCAAUUCAAAAUAAGGACCAACAGAUAGCUAUAAAGAAAGAACCACCUAGGAAGAUUAAUAUGCAGCCGAUAGGACUUCCGUUGUUAUUGGCAAAGUGGUGGCUAACUUCUCAUAGGGGUAUGGGAAUUAACAAGUGACACAGAGAGGUUGUGUUAAUUACACAUAGAUGUUUACCCUGUUCACAGCAAAAAUGCUAAAUAUAUUUAACCUGGGGAUAUCAGAGGGAAAACAGUUGCAGGUGUAAAAUUUGGCCACUGUUACAAAGCAAGUGAGACUAUAAUCAACUAGCUUGCUCAUAAUGGAAACACUAGGAAAAAAGUGCUUUGAUAGUGACAACUGCUCUAACAUUUAUGGUGGUCCUUUUGUAGAUGUUAUCUUUUCUUUUUAAUACAAGACUUCUUCAUAAUAUGAUAUAAUUCUUUUUAAAUUCAACUUUGUAGUUAAAAACUUAGCAUUAGUAAAGCUGUAAUGACAAAUUAAUUAGACGCAUGGUAAAACUUUAUC